AUGAUUCCCCUCCCCGUGCGCCUGCACACGUUCACGGACACCAUUCCAGCCGAUGUCCCAACCAACAAGCCUUCCGCGGCGGACACGCAGGCGCAUCGUGGCGCACAACCGCGUUCCUCAGGGCCCACACCGGACGGGUACUCGAACCUGGUCGACAGCUGGAGCGUCGGCGUGAUUGCCAUUGCCAUGUGCCUCAUGCAGGGCACCCCGUUCGACGCAGACCCGCCGAACACGGACAUCCAUACCAACAUCACGACCCGCCGGGUGCGGUGGACGCUCCUGUACGAGUGCGGCCCGCGCGAGCUGACCUCGGCCCCGCACACACCCACAGCCGAGCAGCUCAUCCGCGCGCUCCUCGCGUCUUCCCCGAGCAAGCGCAUGUCGCUCGGUGCGCUGUACCACCCGUGGCUCGCGACCGAGGCCGAGCUCGAAGGCGCGCCCCGGCCGCUCCCCGCGACUCCCCCCGCGCUUCGCACCGCGUCGCUCCAGUCGCUCCCCUCCGCCCCCUCCAUCCCGGACGGCGGGCCGGCGGCGACGCUCGAGCACACCCCUCCGCCCGCCGCCCCGCUGAUGGGACUGCCCGGGACGGCGUCGCUGCUCCGCAUGGACGGGGAGCAGGACGCAUGGAUGCGCUCCGCGGCGGGCUCGCGCAUGUCCCUCGACGCCCCGAGCCUCAUCCUCGCCGUGCACCCGUCGCCCGAGCGCGCGGCGGCCCCCGUGCGCGACGCCGACGCCGACGUGUUCAAGCACGGCCACGUGCUCUCGCGCCCGCGGUCCGCCGCAAGCGAGGGGACCCAGCGCGAGAGGCUUCAGCGGCGGUCGGAGGUGCUGUCGCGGGCGCGGCGGGCGGGCGAGGAGCUCCCGGCGCCUUCAUAG